AAAAAAUUGAAUAAUCGUAUUUUGUCAUUAAAUUUCGAUGUUUUUUACUCCAGGAACAGUUUUCGUAGAUAAUGGGCAUGCCAUCUAACGGCAAACGUCGGGACAAUAAAGCGUUUUCGUAUUCUAAUUUUAGGUCAUUAUCAUAUUUCAAUAUGGCCGAAGAUUGAACUCUUGAAAUUAGGCCGAAUGUUUUGUGUAAUAUUGUCGAUAUAAAGACAGUUAUGUCUUCCGUAACCACACGGACAACAAGGUUACGUGCCAGGCGAUCAAGGAGGAUAGUUAGGAAGUGUUCAACCUCUCCUGAACGUGAAUUAAUCGAGUUUACAGACAAACCCUCCUGUUCUGAUGGGGAGAACCCGGCCACAGUUGCCCAUCCCUACCAUCUCCGCCGCAAAACUGCCUCGUCACAGUCCCAAGAUGCCGAUCUAAUGAGUGGUGUACUUCCUGGAAAGCGGGCACGUAGAUCACGAUCUAUCAAUGGUGCUUUAACAAAAGGUUCAGUUGGUGCCCAUUACUUGCAGUAUGAGAUGCCAGAUGAGGUGCUCUUGAAUAUAUUCUCCUACCUCCUUGAGUUUGACCUGUGCAAUGCCUCUCGAGUGUGCAAGAGAUUUGGCACAAUUGCCAAUGAUACAGAGCUAUGGAAAACCCUUUAUCAGAGUGUCUAUGAAUAUGACAUGCCUCUUCUGAACCCAGAACCAAAGGUGUUUGAGUUUAUUCAACCUAACGAAUCAGAAUACACAAACCCAUGGAGGGAAAGCUUUAAAAAAUUAUAUCGUGGUCUACAUGUGAGGCCUGGCUAUCAUGACCAGUAUGAGAAUUUUCCAGAGAGGUAUAGAGGAAGAACUAUCUUGUUCUUUGAUACCAUAGAGCAGGCCUACAAUUAUGCUGACACAGAGGAAAUGGAGAAUGCCCUCAUUCUGGUACACAGUGGGAUGUACCAGGGAGAGUUCCUAGUGAUUGACACUAAUAUCAACCUCAUUGGGGCAGCACCGGGUUCUGUUGUUGACCAUGUAUUUAUUGAACGACAAAGCGAGUCUACUAUCAUGUUUGUUGAGGGUGCCAGGGAGGCCUAUCUCGGCUAUGUUACAUUAAAGUUCACUCCCGAUCACGGAUCGUCAGUUCCACACCAUAAGCAUUAUGCCUUAGAGGUCACAGAAAACUGCUCACCAAUUGUAGAUCAUUGUGUUGUUCGAAGCUCAUCUGUUGUUGGCGCAGCUGUCUGUGUGUCUGGGGCUGGCGCGGAACCUCAUAUAAAAAAUUGUGAUAUCAGUGAUUGUGAAAAUGUUGGCCUUUACGUUACAGACUUUGCCCAGGGUUGCUACGAAGACAACGAGAUCAGUCGCAAUGCACUGGCAGGUAUCUGGGUGAAAAACCAUGCUAAUCCCAUCAUGAGACGCAACCAUAUACAUCACGGUCGGGAUGUUGGUAUAUUCACCUUUGAUAAUGGCAUGGGCUACUUUGAAUCAAACGAUAUUCACAAUAACAGAAUAGCUGGAUUUGAAGUAAAGGCGGGAGCCAAUCCCACUGUUGUUAAAUGUGAGGUGCAUCAUGGUCAAACAGGUGGUGUUUACGUUCACGAAAAUGGCAGAGGACAAUUUAUCGAGAAUAAAAUUCACUCCAAUAACUUUGCUGGUGUUUGGGUGACCUCGAACAGUGAUCCAACUAUAAGGAAAAAUGAGAUCUAUAAUGGCCACCAGGGUGGUGUGUACAUAUUUGGGGAGGGAAGGGGACUGAUAGAAUACAAUAAUAUUUAUGGCAAUGCAUUAGCUGGCAUACAGAUUCGCACCAAUAGCAAUCCAAUUGUUCGGCAUAAUAAAAUACACCAUGGUCAACAUGGAGGAGUCUAUGUCCAUGAAAAGGGGCAAGGCCUCAUUGAGGAGAAUGAAGUUUACUCAAACACAUUGGCUGGAGUGUGGAUCACAACAGGCAGUACACCCGUACUUAGACGCAAUAGAAUACAUAGUGGCAAACAGGUCGGUGUUUACUUCUAUGACAACGGGCACGGCACCCUCGAGGACAAUGACAUAUUUAACCACCUCUAUUCUGGGGUACAGAUACGGACUGGUAGCAAUCCUCUAAUACGGAAAAAUAAAAUAUGGGGUGGCCAAAAUGGCGGUAUAUUAGUGUAUAAUGGUGGACUUGGUGUCAUUGAACAGAAUGAAAUAUUUGAUAAUGCAAUGGCUGGUGUGUGGAUUAAAACCGAUAGCAAUCCUUCCUUAAGGCAGAAUAAAAUUCAUGAUGGUCGUGACGGAGGCAUCUGUAUAUUCAAUGGAGGCAAAGGUGUCUUAGAAGAAAAUGAUAUCUUCCGUAAUGCCCAGGCAGGCGUACUCAUUAGCACGCAAAGUCACCCUACUUUGCGUAAAAACAGAAUCUUUGAUGGUCAGGCAGCCGGCAUUGAAAUUACCAACAAUGCAACUGCUACAUUAGAAGGGAAUCGAAUCUUCAACAAUAAAUUUGGUGGUCUUUGUUUGGCCAGUGGUGUCAAUCCUGUACUCAAAGAUAAUAAAAUCUAUGACAAUCACAACAUGGUAGAAAAAGCUGUAGGAAAUGGUCAGUGUUUAUAUAAGAUUUCCAGUUAUACCAGUUUUCCAAUGCACGAUUUCUACAGAUGCCGCACGUGCAACACAACCGAUCGUAACGCCAUCUGUGUCAACUGCAUAAAGACGUGUCAUAAAGGUCAUGAGGUGGAGUUCAUCAGACAUGACAGAUUUUUCUGCGAUUGUGGUGCGGGUACAUUAAGUAAUGGGUGUCAGUUACAGGGUGAACCCACCCAAGAUACAGACACAUUAUAUGACUCUGCUGCACCCAUGGAGUCACACACAUUGAUGGUCAACUGACAUCCAAUUAUCCAAAUUAACAUGUGUCAAAGAAAGAAGAAUUGCAGUCUAAUUUGUAAUGUCUACAAGGAGCCCCUUUCACUGGUAACAAUGCCAAGGGGUCUUGUUUGAAAUCAGAUGCAUCGUUUACAUUUUUGAUAAAAAAUUUGCUAUUGUCCAUAUAAUCUUAUAGGUAAUGUCUAUUGUACAUUGGUGAAAAUCAAUUUUUGUAGAUUUUGAAUGUAUAUUUCAUACACAUAUUGUAUAUUUACCUCAGUCCUUUCAAGUUUCAUGACGUUCAUCAGGCUGCUUCCGCACUAAUAACGCAUUCGAUUUAUGCAUUACUAAAGUUGUCAGUAUUACCAUAUAUAGGCAUGGUCUCAUUCAGGGUUACACCCAAACAAAAUGUCUGAGUUAUGUGUCUGCAUUCCACCCAUCUCAUGCUCAUUUUACACUAAAAGCAGGGGGCCAUGACUAAAAAAAUACAAUUUAAUUUGUAAACAGGGGCCAGUUUCUAUAAAAUAUUGUAGAUGUAUAAUUAUACCUAAAAAUGGACUGUGAUUGUGAUGUUAUUUUGGUUUAGACCGAUAGAGAUAAAAGAAAGGAUUCAUUUCAUGAAAAUUUAAAUUAUUUUUGAGAAACAACCCCCAGAAGAAUUUGCAUUGUGUAAUAUAGAUAUUAAUUCUAGAUUAGAAAAAAAUAUAUUUCUGAUAUGGCAACUAGGU